GGAACCAUGAAGCGGAUCAUCUUCAACAUCACCACUCAUCAUAUCUCACGGAACGCACAUCUGUCAUGACGGAACCAGCUCCAACACAGCUACCCGUCAAACACCUCUUCAGGUUAGAUGGGCGAACGAUUUUGAUCUCUGGGGGUGUCGGCGCGGUGGGAACAACCGUUGCGAAAGCAAUUCUCGAGAGUGGUGGCGACGUUGUCCUCCUGGAUCGAGUUGCUCCAACGACCGAAGCCUAUCAUGUACUCAGUGACAUUGCAAAGGCCAGCGACACAAAGGUGUGGUACCAUCAGGUGGAGGUCCAAGAUGAAGCCAGUAUCACAACCACUAUGAACGGCCUUCGAUUGCGACAUCCUAUCAGAGGUUUUGUAUCCUGCGCUGCCAUCUCUGGGGAAAGUGACGCUUGCGACUACUCAAUCGAUGUGUUUCGGAAGAUUCUCAACAUCAACAUAAGUGGCACUUUUUUGAUGGCACGAGCAGCAGCAAACGAAAUGCACAAGGCCAAUGUCACCGGCAGCAUCGUCCUGAUCGCGAGUAUGAGUGGCCACGUUAGCAACCGUGGAAUCAACACGUCCCCUUACAAUGCAUCGAAAGCCGCAGUGCACCAGCUCGCUCGCUCUCUAGCAGCUGAAUGGGGACAUGCGCAAAACACAUUCCCAGGUAGCACACCUAGCGACACAAACCCAACCCCCUCUCUCGAGCCACGCUCGGUGUACCCUCCAAUCAGAGUCAACACCCUUUCCCCUGGCCAUAUUGAAACACCCAUCAGUGAAGCAGCGCGAGUGCGCGGGCUGACAGAUGAGUGGGCAAAACAAAACAUGCUUGGACGCAUCAGCCAGCCUGAGGAGUAUCGAGCAGCAGUGCUGUUUUUGCUUGGCGAGGGGAGUAGCUUCAUGACGGGUGCGGAUCUUCGCAUUGAUGGCGGACACUGUGCUUGGUAGAUCCGCAAUAGCAGCACUUACGACAUCUGCUCCAAGACAGGCAGCUCUGCCCAUGCUCACUCCACAGGUGCAGUCACAUCGAUGUUAAGGGAGGUUCGGGUUAAGGUGACUACCGCUUUUGUCGACUAUAAUGACCGGCACAGUAAACCCUCG